AUGCCACCGCCACCGCCACCGCCGUCGUCACCAUCACCACCACCACUUCUCUUCUUUCUAUGUCUCUUACUGUUAUCAGCCACCACCUCCUUUUCUUUAAACCAAGAAGGUCUUGAUUUAAUCCAAGCAAAAUCCACCCUCACCGACCCCACCGGAAUUCUCUCCGACUGGAACCACCGCCACGACAAUCCAUGCAACUGGACCGGCAUCACCUGCAGCCACUCCACCACCGUCACUUCCAUCGACCUUUCUUCCGCCUCCCUCUCCGGCCCAUUCCCCGCCAUUCUCUGCCGUCUUCCUUCUCUCACUACCAUUUCCUUCUACGACAACUCCCUCAAUUCCACCAUACCCGCCACCAUCUCCGCCUGCCGCAACCUCACCCAUCUCGAUCUCUCGGCCAACUAUUUCAAUGGUCUACUUCCAUCCACCCUCACCGACAUCCCGAACCUUAUUUCCAUCAAUAUUCAAGACAACGAACUCUCCGGCGAAAUCCCACGUAGUAUUGGAAACUUCCGGCGUCUGGAAACACUCAUUCUUACCAACAAUCUUUUCAACGGAUCAUUUCCGGCUAUUCUUAGCAACAUAACCACUCUUAAAGAACUCCGACUUGCUUACAAUUACUUCAUUUCUGGUCCGAUUCCUCCUGAAUUCGGAAACCUUUCGAAUAUUGAACAUUUAUGGCUGAGUUCAUGCGGAUUCGUGGGUACGAUCCCAGAUUCUUUUUCGAAGUUACAGAAGCUCUCUAAUCUUGAAUUAUCUUACAAUUCUCUUUCUGGUCCAUUUCCUACCGUCGUUUUUCAGCUCAAGAAUCUUUACCAACUCGAGCUUUUUAAUAACUCACUUUCCGGCGAACUUCCGAAACGGGCAUGGUCGAAUCUCACGGCACUGAGACUAUUCGACGCGUCCGUAAACAGUUUCACCGGAACCAUACCGGUUGAGUUGUGCCGGUUGCCGCUCGAAUCCCUUGCUCUCUCCGAUAAUAAUUUAGAGGGUUUGGUUCCGGAGAGUUUAGCUCGAUCGCCAAACUUGUAUGAUCUCAGAUUAUUUGAUAAUUUCUUAAUUGGUCCACUUCCCAGUGAUUUGGGAAAUAAUUCUCCUUUACAGACACUUGAUGUGUCGUUUAAUCAGCUAUUCGGUGAACUUCCGACGAGCUUAUGCGAAAAGGGGCAAUUAUUCGAUCUUGUUUUGAUCGGGAAUUCUUUUUCCGGUGAGCUUCCGGCCAUUCUCGGAGAAUGCAAGAGCUUAGGAAGAGUUCGCUUGAGCAAGAACAAAUUCUCCGGAGAAAUUCCGGGGGGUAUUUGGGGAUUGCCACAUGUUUAUCUUCUCGAUCUAGCCGAGAAUUUGUUUUCAGGUAACAUCUCCUCCAUGAUUUCCGGUGGGUUCAAUCUUUCGUCGAUUUUGAUCUCCGGAAACAGCUUCUCCGGUAACAUACCGGAUGAGAUAGGAUCUUUAAGCAAUUUGGUUGAGCUUAUGGCUAGUGAUAAUAAGUUCAGUGGAGUUAUUCCGGCAACAUUGUUCAAAUUGAACAAUCUGGGCACACUUGAUCUUAGCGAAAACGAUAUCUCCGGCCAAAUUCCGGUAGAAAUCCAAUCACUUAAACAGCUCAAUGAGCUUAAUUUAGCUAACAAUAAGUUAUCCGGUGAGAUCCCUGACGAAAUCGGCAAUCUACCCGUGCUCAAUUAUCUCGAUCUUUCUGGCAAUUCGUUCUUUGGAGAGAUUCCGUCUGGGUUGGAAAAUUUGAUGCUAAAUACGCUGAAUUUGUCGAACAAUCGUCUGUCGGGUAAGAUCCCGUCUGCGUAUUCGAAGCAAGUUUACCGAGAUAGCUUCUUGGGCAACCCCAAUUUAUGCGGCGAGUUCACCCAUCGUUGUCCGGAGAACCAACGAGCCAAAAACAAUCAUAAUCUAUGGCUUCUUAGAUUCAUAUUCAUAUUCGCCGCCAUCGUGUUCAUUGUUGGUGUCGUUUGGUUCGUUUUCAAGUACCGUAACAUCAAGAAAACAAAGGAACCUGUGUCGAUAUCGAAGUGGCGAUCGUUUCACAAGUUGGGUUUUAGCGAAUUCGAAAUCAUUCAUCGUUUAAACGAAGGUAACGUAAUAGGAAGCGGUGCUUCCGGUAAAGUCUACAAAGCGAUUCUCAGCAACGGUGAAGCAGUUGCUGUGAAAAAGCUUUGGGAAAGAUCGAUAAAAAAGGAAAACGAGACGAAUUUGAACGGCGAUGGAUCGCAAAAAGACGAGUUCGAGAGUGAAGUCGAGACGUUAGGAAAGAUUCGCCACAAAAACAUCGUUCGAUUGUGGUGUUGUUGUAAGAGCGGGAAUUCGAAGCUUUUGGUAUACGAAUACAUGCCGAAUGGAAGUUUAGGUGAUUUGCUUCAUAGUAGCAAAGGCCGAUUAUUGGAAUGGCCGAUGCGAUUCAAGAUUCUUCUCGAUGCAGCCGAGGGACUUUCUUAUUUGCAUCAUGAUUGUGUUCCUCCGAUCGUUCAUCGAGAUGUUAAGUCGAACAACAUUUUACUCGAUGAGGAAUACGGUGCCAGAAUCGCUGAUUUUGGUGUAGCAAAAUUCAUCAAGCCUACAAAUAAAGGGGCCGAAUCGAUGUCGGUUAUUGCCGGUUCUCGUGGUUAUAUCGCCCCAGAAUACGCAUACACUCUUCGCGUAAACGAGAAGAGUGACAUAUACAGCUUCGGAGUCGUGAUUCUAGAGCUCGUGACAGGAAGGAAGCCCGUUGACCAGGCGUUUGGCGAACGAGACCUGGCGACAUGGGUGCACGCCACGGUGAACCAAAAGGGUCAUGAUCACGUGCUUGAUCCCGAGCUUGAAUAUGAAUCCAACGACCAAAUCUGUAAGGUUCUUGAUAUAGGUUUGUUAUGCAUUAGCCCGCUUCCAAUUAACCGGCCUUCGAUGCGAACCGUGGUCAACCUGCUUCAGGAGGCUGUGGCCGAUGGCAAACCGAAACCGACCAUGAAUGAUGGGAAAGCUUCUCCUUAUUACGAUAGCUCAGACCAAGCAAGUUUGGUUUGAUUGAAGAAACUCAUAUUGAUAAUAGAGAAGAGGUUGUACAAUGUGCAUUGGAAGUUGUACAUUGUGCAUCAAUUGUUGUACAUUGGGCAUUUUAAAACGAGCAAGAUCGGUAGGAGUCGCAAUGGCGAGUAGCGGGGUAUUAUGUUUUUGUUUCGUAAGCGAGCUACGAGCGUACAAUUAUUGUAUAAAUUUUUAGCUAAUUUUGUAACACGUAGCUGUAUCAUUCGAAAAAAUGUAUCUUUUCCGACCCCAAUGGAUCGGAAUUUUUCAUGAUAAUCUAAAGUUAGAGGUGGCUCGAACCAUGAUUUAAAACC